CUGUUUCUACAGGAAAGCUCCACGUGGGACAUCCGGCGGAAGUAAACCACAUGAUGCUAGCAGCGUUAGCUUCGAGGCUUCCUGUUGUUUAUCGUCGGUUAAAGACGGUUCUUGCUGUGUGAGCUGAAUGUUUCCGUGUCUGCAGCAACAAUAUCUUCUGUUCAGCAUCAGAGAGAGAAAUAUUCAGUACCAUCGACCAUCAGCCCGGACGGCUGGACUCCAGCAGGAAAACCCAAAUCAUCUCGGAACCAGCAGAUUUGCCAAAGCAUCAUGUCUCUAGAGCUUAAAGGGAGAGCAGAGCCCCUUCAUCUUAUAAGAGUAAAGGAAGAAGAGUGUGGAUCAGAACCUCUGCUGACUGUAAAGAAAGAAGACAACAUAGGACUAAAGCAAUGGAGAGAAACCUUAGUGGAAAUAGAUUCCGGAUCUCUUGAAGUAAAAGAAGAACCAGUAGAACUGCAACAAAUAAAGGAAGAUGAUUCUCAAUCAGAUUCUCAGCAGAUGAUUAAGAUUGAAGACAUUAGUCAAGAUGAAAUCAAAGAGUUAGAACCAAAACAAGUGAAAGAAGAGGAGCGUGAAUCAGACUUUCUGCAGAAGGUAAAGACGGAGGCUAAUGACACAAGUCGAAAGGAAAAUCAGAAUGGACUGAAGGAAGAGACUGAUACCUUCGUCCUUAUGGCGACGGAUAAUGAAACGGAACAACCUGAACGCAAUAGAAAUCAAUUCUCUAAGAACAUCCUUAAAGCAGAACACUAUCAGGACAGAAAAACUCUCGAAGCUUCAGGAUCCAGCAGAGAUGAACAGCAUCAAGAGAGAGUUGUGAAAACCAGAGGCAGAGGAGACAAAGGGAUGAAGGACAAGGAAAUUAACCCGGGUAAAAUAUGUAAACUUUGUAGUACAAGUUUCAAAUGGAACCAGAGUUUAGAAGCCCACAUGAGAACUCACACAGAUGAGAAGCCUUUUUCAUGUGUAACCUGUGGGAAAAGCUUCUUUAGCAAAAAUAGUUUUAGUCGCCACAAGAGAACUCACUCAGUACAGAAGCUGUUCUCUUGCACAAUGUGUAGCAAAGGUUUCCAUCUGAAAGGCAAUUUGAAUAGCCACAUGAGAACUCAUACAGGUGAGAAACCUUUCUCAUGUGAAAUAUGUAUGAAAAGUUUCAGUCAGAAAUGCAAUUUGAAUACCCACGUGAAAAUUCAUACAGGUGAAAAUCUUUUCACACCUUUCUCAUGUAGAAUGUGUAAGAAAGGUUUCCAUCUGAGAUGCAGUCUGAAAAACCACAUGAGAACUCACACAGGUGAAAAACCUUUCUCAUGUGAAAUGUGUAGGAAAAGUUUCAGUCAGAAAAGCAAUCUGAAGAGCCACAUGAGAACUCAUACAGGUGAGAAACCUUUCUCUUGUGGAAAGUGUAAGAAAAGUUUCAGUCGGAAACACACUUUGCAUCGCCACAUGAGUACUCACACAGGUGAGAAACCUUUCUCAUGUGGAAAGUGUAAGAAAAGUUUCAGUCUGAAACAUACUUUGCAUCGCCACAAGAACUCAGUUCAGAAUCAUUUCUAAUGUGUAACCUGUGGAAAACGUUUCCAUCUAAAGAAAAAUUUGAAUUACCCCAUCAGACUUCACACAGACACUGCAGUGGUGCAGUUUGUAGCUCUGUUGCUUUGCAGAAGGUGGUAGUUCAGGGGAGUAGCAGCCAGGGGUCUUUCUAUCAUGUUUGCUUGGGUUCCAUCUUACAUGUUACUAGUGAGGAAUUGCUCUCCAAUGGUUUUGUCGUAAAGCAUGAACUCGUGUCUGGUUGGUCUAAACAUUUGUCUUGAAAGUCAGUUAAACUUUAAACUUUUUAUCAGUUACCACCAGCUAAAAGUCAUUAUCCAGCCCAGAUUCAAGACCAAUUAACUGAACAUUGAAGUUCCAUCAAAAUAAGGAAAGCAUUUAAACUCAGGAAGUCAACUUCUUUCAAGUAUUUCUAUCAGACUUUCUUCUAUAAGUUUCUUCUUUCCAGUCUCUACAUGUGAAUGGAUCCAUCAGUAUUUCAGCCUAUCAGAGUAAGAUUUGCACAAACUGUUUUAAAAAUGUUCAGCAGUUCUGUUUCUGAAUCCUGAGCUUUUAUUUUCAGAUGCUGAUUUAGCUGAUUAAAACCAUAAUUCUAUUUAACUAAAAUCAAAUCAAAUUUUAUUUAUAUAGCACAUUUCAGCAGCAAGGUGAUUUGUAAUUUGUAAAAGGUGGAGAUCAGAAAUUAAUUUGAGCUGACGUUAUUAAAGAGACAUGAAGGUUCAGGCAGCAUUCUAAUAAGCAGUUGAGAAAGUUAAAAAUUGUCUUAAUUGAUUCCUAAAGAGGGAUUUUUGAUAUUUGUAAAAUUUUUAUUUCAGUUCAUUUAUUAAACAAGUCUUUCAUUUACGUCUGAAACGAAGAUUUUCUUGCAAACAAAUCUUUCUAUUUAUCCCAAAAUGCCGGGUCUGAUCAGGAAGGUUGUCUGAGAAGAUUUGAAUUUUCUGGAUAAACUUGAAUAAACUGUGUUCUGAAAACAACAGUGGGAUGUUUGUCCAGAAAGAAGAACAAUGUUACAACUGUUUGUUAAAUGUUUUUUUUUCUUUUCUUUGUAUUCAAGUUAAUUUUGUAAAAGUUUUCUAAACCAUGUGAGACCCUGAUGUGUUUUGCUUUUUUUUUUCAGGGGGAUUUUUCAUCUAACUUUAGUGUUUUUGUCACUAAACACCAUGUGGUUAAAUAAAAAUGUAAAUAAUUAGAAUAUGGGACGUAUCAAAGUUUGUUUGGUUUUUGUUCUUCAGCUAUUUUUCUUUAAAGGAAAAAAUGUUGAAUAUUUUUGAGAGACGAAGAACUUCUAUACUCAAAUAUUUUUCUUCAGUUUGGUUCUCGACAGAUUGUAUUACCAUUAUGAAUAAUGAACAUCAAUAAAACACAUUUCUCUGUAAAAUGUC